GAAACAAUGCGCCUGCAUCUCGCGCUCCCGCGCCGCUCCUGGGAGCGUCCCGGCAGCCGUGCGCGAGUGAAGGCGGGAGCGCGCGCGCGGGGGGCGAGCUCCUGAGUGCGGGCCGCGCGCUCGGUGGCGCGCAUGUGCAUGUGUGCGGGCUGCCGGGCUGCCCCGAGCCGGCGGGGAGCCGGUCCGCUCCAGGUGGCCGGCAGCGGGAGCGAGGGAGCGGACAUGGACUUCGACUCGUACCAACACUAUUUCUACGACUAUGACUGCGGGGAGGAUUUCUACCGCUCCACGGCGCCCAGCGAGGACAUCUGGAAGAAAUUCGAGCUGGUGCCGUCGCCCCCCACGUCGCCGCCCUGGGGCUCCGGUCCCGGCGCCGGGGACCCGGCCCCGGGAAUUGGUCCUCUGGAGCCGUGGCCCGGAGGGGGUGCUGCGGACGAGGCAGAAAUCCGGGGUCACUCGAAAGGUUGGGGCAGGAACUACGCCUCCAUCAUCCGCCGUGACUGCAUGUGGAGCGGCUUCUCGGCCCGGGAACGGCUGGAGAGAGCGGUGAGCGACCGGCUUGCCGCUGGCGCUCCCCGGGGAAACCCGCCCAAGGCUCCCGCUGCCCCAGACUGCGCUCCCAGCCUCGAAGCCGGCAGUCCGGCACCCGCUGCCCCUUGUCCGCUGGGCGAGCCCAAGACCCAGGCCUGCUCGGGGUCCGAGAGCCCAAGCGACUCGGAGGGGGAAGAAAUUGACGUUGUGACAGUGGAGAAGAGACAGUCCCUGGGUGUGCGGAAGCCAGUCACCAUCACGGUGAGAGCGGACCCUUUGGACCCCUGCAUGAAACACUUCCACAUCUCUAUCCAUCAGCAACAGCACAACUAUGCCGCCCGUUUUCCUCCAGAAAGCUGCUCCCAAGGAGAGGCUCCAGAGAAGGGCCCCCAAGCAGAGUCUCUGGAGAGAGAUGCACCAGACGAAAAGGAAGAGGAGGCAGAUGAGGAAAUGGUGAGCCCCCCGCCUGUAGAAAGCGAGCCUCCCCAGACCUGCCACCCUAAACCCGUCAGUUCUGACGCUGAGGACGUGACCAAGAGGAAGAACCACAACUUCCUGGAGCGCAAAAGGCGGAAUGACCUCCGUUCCAGGUUCUUGGCCCUGAGGGACCAGGUACCCACCCUGGCCAGCUGCUCCAAGGCCCCCAAAGUAGUGAUCCUGAGCAAGGCUUUGGAAUACUUGCAAGCCCUCGUCGGGGCCGAGAAGAGGAUGGCGACGGAGAAAAGGCAGCUCCGGUGUCGGCAGCAGCAACUGCAGAAAAGAAUCGCGUACCUCAGUGGCUACUAACUGACUCAAAAAGCCUGACUGCUCUGGCUUAACAAAGACCUGAAUUUAUUUUUUAACCUCCCCUCUCUCCCUUAGGAAUUUGCACUUUUGGUUCCAGUGGGACAGCCUGGACAGUAGAUCCCAGAAUGCAUUGCAGCCAGUGCACACACAAUAGGGGCUUGCAUUCUUGGAAACCUUGCAACCCAGCUCUCCCUCUGCCCUGACUCGUGGGAGCGCUGUGGCUUCUCUGGCACCUUUGGCUUCUCAGGCGGGCAGCUGACCGAGGAGCCUUGGGGUCUGCCUAGCUCACUAGCUCCGAAGAAAAGCCUGACAGAUGCUAUGCAACAGGUGGUGGACGUUGUCGGGGGGCCUCCAGCCUGCAUGAAAUCUCACACUCCGGAUGAGCUUUAGGCUGGAAAAGGAUGCUCCCACUGGUGUCUCUGGGGUGACGCUAGGACAGCUGGGCCUGGACGCUCUCCCUGAGGCUCCUUUUUCCAGGAGACAUAUGAGCUGUCUUGGGUGAAGACAAGCUCACAGACUUGAUCAACAUGGACCAUUACCUCACUGUCAGACACUUUACAGUAGCUGGAAAGGAGGUGGAAACCUUUAAUAUAUAUAUUCUGAUGUUAGAUAACAGCCCUCCUCCCACUCUCCAUGCUGCGACCUUGAGAACAUUUAAAGAGCUUGGCCCCUA